AUGCGCGCGCGCUGGGGCCGGCGGAGCGUCCAGCGCGGAGGCUCGGGGCUGCCCGGCGCCCACUUGGCGCUGCUGGCCGCCAGCCUGCUGUCCACCGUCGUGGCCAUCUACGUUUGCUUGAAGCAGCUGCCGCCUCUGCCCUGGGCCUCCCCUGGCCCGCCGCGGCCGGUGAACGUGCUGCUGUGGUGGGAACCCUUUAGGGGCCGACACCACUCUGGCAGGCCGCCCCCCGACUGCCAGCGGCGCUUCAACAUCAGCGGCUGCGUCUUGCACACGGAUCGCGCGGCCUACGGGGAGGCCCAGGCGGUGCUCUUCCACCACCGAGACCUGGUGAAGGGACCCCCGGACUGGCCCCCGCCCUGGGGCGUCCAGAUGCCCCCGGCGGAGGAGCAGAAAGUGCUGGUGAUGGACGAGAGGCAAGCGGCUGAGGCCAAAGCCCUGGCCGCCUUGGGCCCCCGGCCCCCGGGCCAGCGCUGGGUGUGGAUGAACUUCGAGUCGCCCUCCCACUCCCCGGGGUUGCAGGGUCUGGCAGGUAACAUCUUCAACUGGACGCUCUCCUACAGGGCCGACUCGGACAUCUUCGUGCCUUACGGCUACCUCUACCCCAGGACCCAUCCCAGCGAGCAGCCCCCGGGGCUGGUCCCCCCGCUGGCCCGGAAGCAUGGCCUGGUGGCCUGGGUGGUGAGCAACUGGGACGAGCGCCAGGCGCGCGUGCGCUACUACCGCCAGCUGAGUCAGUUCGUGCCCGUGGACGUGUUCGGCAAGGCCGGGCCCGGGCAGCCGCUCCCCAGCGCGGAGCUAGUGCACACGGUGGCCCGCUACAAGUUCUACCUGGCCUUCGAGAACUCACAGCACCUGGAUUAUAUCACCGAGAAGCUCUGGCGCAACGCCUUCCUGGCCGGGGCUGUGCCGAUCGUGCUGGGCCCCAACCGCACCAAUUACGAGCGCUUUGUGCCCUCCUAUGCCUUCAUCCACGUGGACGACUUCCCUUCUGCGUCCUCCCUGGCCGCCCACCUGCAGUUCUUGGACCGCAACCCGACCGCCUAUCGCAGCUACUUCAGGUGGCGCCGGAGCCAUGCCGUGCACGUCACCUCCUUCUGGGAUGAGCCCUGGUGCCUGGCCUGCCAGGCUGUGCAGAAGGCUGGGGACCAACGCAAGAGCGUCCCCAACUUGGCUGGCUGGUUUCAACAGUGA